AUGAGUCUCUUAGAAAGGUAUCAGAGGGUCAUCCCAGAUAGUCUACCAUUGAGCAAUGGAAGAAGAACGAACUCAACUUCAACUCCGAGCUGGAAAACUAGCAAGGAAGUCGAGGACAGAGCGGAAAGCAAUGGCCAUAUCACAACAAAAACAAGCUCCAACUUUGAAGGCAAGGGCCUAACAAGAUUUAGAUCUCCAUCUAAGGCCUCCCAAGACCACCAUAUUGGCAAUGGAAAUGGUAGUGCAAUUGGCGGUGAUGAGGCUGAAGUUCCUAAUUCUCCACCUACUGCUAGUAACAGCAGGAAUCAUCAAAAUCUUGACAGCAAUGGAGUAGUUGGGGGUGGUGGGAAUGAUAAUAAUACUUUUCUGCAGUGGGGGCAUAGAAAGAGGUCUAGGUGCUCUAGAGUCCACCAAGCUCCAAAGGAGAUUGGUGCCUCCUCACUCAUCAUCUUCCCAAAUUCAAACGCAAAUGCUAUGCCUCCACCUUCACUCCCUUCUUCCAAUGGGAUUUCCAGAGGAUCAAACCACAAAACAUCAUCCAAAAGCACCAGCCCUUCUCCUGUCAGGUAA